AUGGAUUUGCAAGAAGCGAUGAAGAAGCAAAACGACGUUGCUCUGUUACUUGUUGGGAAAGUAAUAUCUGCUGUAGCCAAACACUCUAACUUGGUCUUCUCUCCGGCAUUGAUCAACUCCGUCCUCACCAUGACCGCUGCUACCACCGAAACUGAAACACUAAGAUCAUUCAUCCUCUCCUUUCUUAAGUCUUCUUCCACGGACGAGCUCAACGCCGUCUUCCGCGAGAUUGCUUCCGUCAUCCUUGUCGACGGAAGCAAAAGAGGUGGGCCAAAAAUCUCGGCGGUUAAUGGAGUGUGGAUAGAGAAAUCGUUCUCGUGUAAUCCCGAGUGGAAAGAUCUCUUUGAGAAUUUCUUCAAGGCUACUUUUUCUCAAGUUGAUUUCCGAUCCAAGUGCCUAGAGCGAGAAAGCUACAUAUCUUAUUCAAUGUCUGCUUCAAUUCUAAUCUGUAUAUAUGUGUUCUUUGGUUCGGUUUUGGUUGUGGAUUUUGUGAUUAUGGUUUUUGUUGUUUUGAAGGCCGAAGAAGUGCGUAUGGAGGUGAAUUCUUGGGCUUCACGUCACACGAAUGGUCUCAUCAAAAGUGUUCUUCCUCAUGGAUCAGUUACAGACGAAACCAUCUGGAUUUAUGGAAACGCAUUGUACUUCAAAGGAGCCUGGGAAGAAAAAUUCAACAAGUCAAUGACGAAACGAAAGCCUUUUCACCUUGUCAAUGGCAAACAAGUACAUGUGCCUUUCAUGAAAAGCUAUGAAAGACAAUAUAUUGGGGUUUACAAUGGUUUUAAGGUCCUUAGACUGCCAUACCGACAAGGCGAUAAUGAUACAAGCCGCCAAUUCUCAAUGUAUAUCUAUCUCCCCGACGAGAAUGAUGGAUUGGAUAACCUUGUGGAGAAGAUGACAUCUACUGAUGGAUUCUUGGACAAUCACAUUCCGAGUUGGACAGUUGAAGUUGGUGAUUUCAGAAUUCCAAAAUUUAAGAUUGAAUUCGGGUUUAAAGCUUCUAGCGUUUUCGACUUUGACCUUGGUGUGUCACUAUACCAAAAAGCUUUGGUUGAAAUCGAUGAAAAAGGUACUGAAGCUGCGGCUGCUACUUAUAUGGUGGGGAAUAAAGUUAGCCUCUGCUCUCGGAGGCAUACUCCUCUUCGGAUAGAUUUUGUGGCUGAUCAUCCAUUUUUCUUCAUGAUUAGAGAAGACAAAACCGGAACUGUUUUGUUCGCUGGUCAAAUCUUUGAUCCUUCCUAA